AUGCGCCGCGAUCUCAGCAGCUAUCCCUGGCUGGCAGGGUUGAUAGAUAGCAGACGCCUUGCGGGAACGUUACACGUCGCUGAUCCUCACUUGCCUAAGAUUUGUAUCUACUCUACAAAUCUGAUGGCUCCAGUAGCUAGCUAUGUGGAUGGCCCGAAGGUUAGGUUGUUUAGGAAGGUUGCCGAGCACCUGCUAGCGAAGGUCCUUACGGAUCCUACAGCGGAUGUGGUCGACCGUUUGCUACGUCUCUCUAUACCAUCAUCGCGGGCUGGUGAUCUAAUAUUCUUUUGUCGAGGAAUCAAUUUAGCAACGUUGGCUUGCCCUGGACCCCUGAUCCGUACUAGUUUGGCCAGCACGACAGAUUUUUCCUCUUGUGCUAUAGUGACAGCAACGGGGCCCACAUCCGGACCUUGGCCCUGCUUCUUGCAUCAUGGCCUUGUUCACGGCCCUAUUUUCAAGCUUAUGGCCAGCCGCACUGAGAGCCCAGUCAAAAAGAGAGGCCAGCCAGUCGAGCAGGAGGCCAGCCAAAAAGGGAGCUAUCGCAGUGAGCCGCCGCUAUUUAUCCUAAGGCUAUAUUUCGCUGAUACUUUCAGUGCCACAUCCUUAAUCCCUAUUUUGGACUUUACGAUCUUCAUUGCGACAGUCUUUCGGGAUCCGUGGGCAGCGUUGACUUACUGUGCUUGCCGGCAAAUUGCGAAACCUCCACGACCGAGCUACUUCUCCAUUUGGUACUGUAGCCCAGCAGGGUCACACACCGGCGCGGGAGGUGAUGUUGAGCCUGUGUUGUUUGCUGUCUUGAACGUCUGCUGGACGCUCGCGCAGGCUGAAGGUUUGGCCGCACUCGAACAAGGAGUCUUCCGCUUCUUGAAGGUCGAACAACUGAAGAUUCAGGCCCUACUUGCAUGCGGUUGCAGUGACGCCACAUGUUGCGAUCAAAUGCUCCUUGUCUGUUGCAUUCCUAACGAAGAAUUAGCGCGGCGCCUGGAUCUGGAGGUACGUGCAACGAAUCACUAUGCGGUACCAGCUACACGUGUCUUUAUCCGCAUAUAUGGAUCCGUAUUUUCUUCUGCUGUGCUUGCGCGAGGAACUUUCGCUCGCUCGUGUGAUCUGAAAUACAAUAUCCCAUACCGUGCAGUGUUCGGUGAACAGAAAGGCGGACUUCCUUGGUCCUUCCUCGUCUUUCCUACUCUUUCAAAUUUCUUCAAAACGGGUUGUCCAAAUUUCCACCUCCUCGACUCGCACAACCUUCGUCUUAUGCCAGAACUUGUAGCCGACAUAGAACCUAACAAACAUAGGAAGGAGGAUAUUAGCAAUCACGAACUUUGA